AUGUUGUGGUGGAAGGAUCAUAUUGCUAUACUGGUUGUCGCCUCUUUAGUUGGUAGUACCGAUGUGCUUUCUGGUGAUAUUACAAUUUCCGCAGAACGAGUGAUUGAUAUAUCGACACAGAUAGUAAAAAUAACCAAUAAGUAUGAAAUAACAAAUGAUGGUGGUAAGGAAAUCAGUAGUUUCGUACAUUUAGUCCACGAAAAGGAGUACUUGCGGCUUGCAUACAUUUCUGCCGUUGCUUCGAAAAAAGAUACGAGAUUAAAAGUGUCAAUUAUUGAGAAUGGAAAGGACAGUAUAAAAGAAGGAUUUGUGGCUUAUAAGAUUGAAUUGCUAAACAGCAUUCCACCAAAUGGCAAAACUUUGAUUACCGUGGAGUACCAAUUGACAGAAUAUUUAGAGCUUCAUCCAAAACAAAUCACUCAGGCUGAAUCACAGUUUGCUGUUUACAAAGGAAAUGCACACGUUCCGAGUAUUUAUCCAAUGAAACAAGAGAAAACUGUGAUACUUCUGCCCAGCGGAAAGCUUGAAUCUCGUACAACAGUUUCACCAACAUCAGUUGACAGUGGCAAAAUAACUUAUGGUCCAUAUAUAGACCAGAAACCAUAUGCAAUGAUGGAAAUCGUUAUACACUGUGAAAACAACGCUCCAUUCGUUGUAGCAACUGAUGUCGUUCGAGUGAUUGAAGUUUCACACUGGGGUAAUAUUGCUGUGGAAGAAGCGAUUAGUGUUGUUCAUAAAGGAGCAGAGUUAAAGGGUUCAUUUUCGCGUCUUGAUUUCCAGAUGGAUCGAAGAGGCAGUAAAAGGCCAAUAGUAACUCAAUAUAAAACUUUGCUACCUGCAUCGGCGAAAGAUAUUUAUUAUCGCGACGAAAUUGGCAACAUCUCUACUUCAGCUGUGCGGAAAAUGACAGAUGUUGUUGAAUUAAUUGUACAACCGCGUUUUCCACUAGUCGGUGGAUGGAAGACGGAUUAUGUACUCGGUUACAACGUCCCAGCUUAUCAAUAUCUUUAUUCAUCAGGCAAUAAAUUCACAUUGAAGAUGCGUAUUGUCGACCAUCUGUUCAACGAUGCUGUUAUUGAGAAGUUGAAGUUGAAAAUUAUACUACCAGAAGGAAGCAAGAACUUUAAAUUGACAACACCAUAUCCUGUGACGAGACAUCCGGACGAAUUGCAUUUCACAUAUUUGGACACCACCGGUCGUCCUGUUAUCACAAUUGAAAAAGAUAACCUUGUCGACUUCCAUAUUCAGAUGUUCACUAUUUCCAUUAGUAAACAGAUUGAACGUGCUAACAGUCACUACACAACAAACGAUACAUUAAUUGUAGUGAAGUAA